CUCCUCCAAUUUAAAGUCAGUUUGGCCAAUGAACACAAGCAGAUUUGCAGAUCACCAUGACCUCUUAACAGAAACCAAAAGGCCAAUAGAUACAGCCAUCUCUCAGCAAGCUUAUUACAGUGGUGAAUCUGUGUCAGCAGUGGAAAAGCAGUACCUGCUCACUAGUAAUCUCAUACCACAACAAAAAAUAGAUGAACUUUAUCAUGGAUUUACUGGUUUAGACCUUGAAGAACAAUGGAUGUACCCCUCACGAAGUGAUCAUUCUAAUUGCUAUAAUAUUCAGACAAACGAUACAGCUAAGACAACAUUUCAAGAAUAUCCAUUUAUCAAAAACUGUUUUACACCACAAACUGGUCUGUCUGACAUCAUGAAAGAAUCAGGAGUUGAUAGUUACUCUUAUGGAAGAGAGAAGAUAUGUGCUAAAGGUCUUGAAGCACCAUUACAGCAAAAGAGGGCAGAGAUGUUUCUUUCCCAAUUUAAUAGAUACAGUGAAAAUGCAGAUUAUUGUAGAUACUCCGAAUAUGCUCAUCCUAAUAAGGCUAAGCUGAAUAAGUGUUCAAAUUUUAGUGUUCAGGAGAGUAAAAAGUUAGCCAGUAACACAGCUGAAACACCAGCUAUAGAAGCAGACACCUACACAAAGUUAUUUCAGGUUAAACCAACAAAUCAGAAAAAAAUAGAGGAGGCAAUACCUGACCAGCAGAAUUUCACAUUUCCAAAAACUACACCACAUCUGGCAGAAAAACAGUUUGCAAAGGAAGCAGCAUUUACUGCUGAUUUCAGCUUAAAAUCAGAAUAUGGGUUAAAACCUCACACUGCUUGUCCAGCUAAUAAUGAUUUUGCUAAUGUCACAGAAAAGCAACAGUUUACUAAACCUGACCCCCCAAAUUCUGAGUAUUUUAAGUCAGUGAAUUUACUAGCAAACUCAGCAACAUCUUCAGGAGGUAUCAACUUAAACAGACCAACUUGGAUGAAUGUCCAAACAAAAAAUAACACUCCUAUUCCUUAUCGAAAUCAAGGUAACUUGAUAAAAUUAAAUAGUCAUUUAAGUGCAGCUUCGAAAAGUUCUAACCAUUCUUCAGAUUUCUCCCAACUUUCAUCUACAAAUUUAACCCCAAAUAGCAAUUUAUUUCAGAAGUAUUGCCAAGAAAACCCUUCAGCAUUUUCUAGUUUUGAUUUGGGUUACAAUGGUGCAGAAAGAAUUCAAUCUGCCAAUCACAUGGAAGGACUGACAAAGACUGCAGAAGAAAAUCUCUUUGAAUCCGUUACUGAUAAAAAGAUAAGGCAGCCAAAUGGAUUUUGUGAUAACUAUUCAGCUCAGCAGUAUGGGAUCAUUGAAAAUAUAAACAAACAUAAUUUUCAAGCUAAGCCCCAAAGUGGACAUUAUGAUCCUGACGAAGGUCCAAAGCAUUUAGAUGGCUUAUCUCAAAGUACAUAUCAAGAUCUGUUGGAGUCACAAGGUCAUUUUAAUAGCCACAGACAAGGAAGUGGAGACAACAAUAUUAAUGGCCGUAUGAAUCGUACGCAGGCGUCAUGCUUUUCUAAUAAUUAUAUGAUGGGAGAUUUAAGGCAUAAUCAGAGUUUUCAACAACUUGGUUCAAAUGGGUUUCCCCUAAGAUCCACCCACCCAUUUGGCCAUUCACUUGUUCCACUGUUGGAUUCCUAUGAUUUGUUUUCUUAUGAUGACUUAAGCCACUUAUACCCUUAUUUUAAUGAAAUGAUGUAUGGUGAUAAUUCCUUUUCUGGUUUCGUGCCAACUUUUGGAUUUCAAAGACCAAUUAAAACUCGUAGUGGACCAGCCAGUGAACUUCAUAUUCGUCUGGAAGAGUGCUAUGAACAAUGGAGAGCAUUAGAAAAGGAGAGAAAAAAGACUGAAUUGGCCCUUGCCAAGAAUUAUCCAGGGAAAAAAGUAUCCAGUACUAACAAUACUCCAAUUCCAAGGCUGACCUCCAACCCAUCUAGAGUUGAUCGCUUAAUUGUGGAUGAACUUCGAGAACAAGCCAGAGUAAGCUGUAAAAAUAUCCAAUAG